AUGGCAUCACCCCCUACUGAUCCACCUGAUAAGGUUAAAUCAGAAUCUCGCUUUUGGCCUUAUUUCAAGGACUGUAUUGGUGCAAUAGAUGUGACUCAUAUACCGUGCAUGGUGUAUAACAUAGAUCAGACGCCCUAUCGAAAUAGACAUGGUUUUCUCUCUCAGAACAUCUUGGCAGCUUGCACAUUUGAUCUCAAAUUCAUUUAUGUCUUAGCUGGGUGGGAGGGUUCUGCUAAUGAUGCAAGAGUCUUGAAGGAUGCAAUGAGUAGACCUUAUGGACUUCCACUUCCACAGAUUAAAUUUUAUCUAGUUGACUGCGGCUAUCCAAAUAGGUUACAAUUUCUUGCUCCAUACCGAGGUCAAAGGUACCAUCUUUCAGAGUUCGGUCCUGCUAAUAAUCGACAACGACCACGAAAUUCAAAAGAAGUUUUCAAUCAUCGGCAUGCGUCUCUUAGAAAUUAUGUCGAGCGCAUCUUUGGAGUUUUUAAGUCUAGAUUCACUAUUUUCAUGAGCCAACCUCCAGGUUUUCCGUAUGCCACACAAAUAAAGAUGUUCGUUGCAUGUGUAGGAUUACAUAACUUUUUAAGAUUGGAGAAUACAAAUAAUGACUUCAACAUUUAUGAUCUUCCACUAGAAGCUCCACGAAAUGUUGCUGAUGCAGAUGAUGACUCCGAUGAAGAAGAUGAGUUACAGACUCAACAGACUCAACGAGCAGCUGCGGGAGCUUGGAAAAAUUCUAUGGCAGAGGCCAUGUGGGAUGAUGGAAGUCGAUUGUAA